AUGUUCGUUUUCAUCUGCUCAUUCUAGCCAGACUAGUUCCCUUUUUGGCCUGAUAGUGCAAAAUUCUUACAUUUUGUUUAUCUUUGAAAUUAGGUGAAUCCGCUCACUAAUAGGGUUUCACGCGAGCGCGAAACAAUCGAAGUGCAAAGAAAAUACCAACUUGAUAGCUGCCAUAUAAGCGUCGCCAGUGCAACGCAGUGCUCAUCUCCGCUUGUGGAAGGAGCAAAAUGGGAACCAAAUAAGGAUGAGCUACAUGUAUGACGCAGAGGAGGUCGAACACUUCAGGAAAAUCGCCUGUUCCCAAAGGAAAAUUCCAAAGAUCAUGGCGCUGAACGGGUUCCUGGAGUUCUUCCAGCGCGAGAAGACCUUUCGCCCCAAGAAGAAGUUUACCCAAGGAACUAUUCGCUAUUCACUACACAAGCAAGCCCAUGCUAGUCUGCAGUCCGGAAUAAAUUUGAGAGAAGUGGUUAAACUGCCUCCAGGAGAAAACAUGAACGAUUGGCUAGCCGUGCACGUAGUGGAUUUUUUCAAUCGAAUCAAUCUCAUAUACGGCACCAUAUCCGAAUACUGUAACGAAACGACCUGCCCAACGAUGAGCGGUGGGUCCAAAUAUGAGUAUUUGUGGGCCGAUGGGGAGAUAUUCAAGAAGCCAACGCAACUUCCUGCUCCCCGGUACGUUGAACUGCUGAUGGACUGGGUCGAGAAUCAAAUCAACAAUGAAGCGCUCUUCCCCGUGUCGACCGAUGUGCCAUUUCCCAAAUCCUUCCCGACGCUUUGCAAGAAGAUUCUGGCUAGACUGUUUCGCGUUUUCGUGCAUGUCUAUAUCCACCACUUCGAUCGAAUCGUCAGUAUUGGAGCGGAAGCUCACGUAAACACGUGCUACAAGCAUUUUUACUACUUUAUCCAAGAAUUCGAUUUGAUGUCAGCGAAGGAGUUGGAACCGCUAGCCGUGAUGACUGCUCAGAUGUGUAAAGAUGUGUAACUUGGGUUAUUAUAUGAGGGUUUUACAUGACGCAAAACUACAUUGUAUAAAACAAUUCGAACAAUAGUGAGUUUUUAAAUCAGGUUGUUGCUAGCCUUUAAUGCAUAAUAAAAGAUGAUAGGGAACUAAAA